AUGAGUGUCCCAUGCCUCUGGUACGCCCUCGUCCUGCUCACGUGCACGCUCUGGCCUGGGUUGGCCGGCUUCGCUGACGAGGAGGCGCAAAUCGAGAAGCCGAAGGAGCUGCUGCGUCACCAGCAGAACCAUCGACCGUCGUUCAUCGACCAUAAGCUGGUCGACAGGCUGGACGUGCACGAGAUCACGGAGACUGCUAUAUACCCGGAUGAUCGGGACGACCGUCUGUCCGAGGAGAACUUGCAAGCUGAGGAUCAGCAGACUUUCAGGACCAAGUUGGAGACCAACAUCGAGAAACCGGCUACUCAGAUCAGACACAGUCGGUCCAGGAGCCAUUUCGUUAGACAGGCCAAGUUGGACGACCCAGACAUUGUCUAUGUGUCUGGUGGGUCUAGCAGGAAGACUCAGCAGAUGGACGAUGAGUCUCAGACUGAGAGUGUUUCGGGUCAGGAUAAAUCCAGGAGCAAGAAUUUGGGAUCUACCGUGAUCUCGGGUCAGGAUCUACGAUCGUCCGGCACGAUCGACGAACGAUCCACGGUGGAUUUGGAUAAAUUGCUCACCAGACUGUCCGAGGCUGGCUCUGAUCGUAGGAAAGAGGGCAAGGCGUCUCACAAAGGGGAUUCUUUGAAUAAACUGAAGAAAGUGAUCACUAGGAACAGGUCUCGGGAGUUUGGCAAUCGAACGGCGGGAAACUUGACGGAAGUGUAUGGGCAUGUAAUACACGGGGAAUCGAGCGAUGAUAGGAACGGCUUGAAUGACACGGAGAUUAUUAUUCCAGAGGACUACGGUAUCUACGACAACGACGGGAGCAGGAACAGUUCGGAGAGAGGGAAUUGCGAGAAUUAUGGGAAGAACGGGGACCAGGGCAAGUCGAGUAAGGAGCCUGUUCACGUGGACAUUGUCACGAGGUUCCUUCGAAUUAUCGAGAAUCAGCAUCUGCUGGGCGAGAACUGCACCGCUGGGACUGAUCUGAAUUUGGGCGAGGGCAUCGUGGACCAGUACGCCCAGGAAAGGUUCCGGUUGGAGGCAAAUCUGGCGGUGAACAGUGCUAACAUGCUGACCAGGCUGUGGAAGUAUGCUCCGGAAGUGAUGUUAUCCUCCGAGUACCUAUUACACGCGAGCAUCUUGUCGAUGGUCGAAUUUGACGAGGACAUAUUCGCGGCUGGGAACUGCUAUGACAAGUUGCAGUACAGGGAUCGUUGGCUUUAUUGCCCAUUUGCUCAUCGACUGCAGGACCAGGACGGUAUCCUCGUUAAGGACCUGGCCAUCGAGUACAAGUAUCUGAGCAACAGCAGUGAAUGGUUUUACAUUGCCAGGAAGAACGCUGAGCGUGUGAUCGCGAACAAUGAUCAGUUCAGUCGUGGUUUCCACACGUAUACCCUGAACGAAACGACUCACACAGAGAGGGAAGAGGACGAGAUUCUGACAGUGAGAUAUGAGGAUGGCAGAUGGUCAAAGCCCUAUUAUGAUUGCGGCGGUGGAAAUAUCUGGAUGCUGACCUACACUGUACCCUUCUUCGGAUAUGUCAACGACACCUACUUCUUCAAAGGAACGAGUGGUAUAGACAUUGAUCUACGCAGGCUGGACAUAGACCAGUGCCCUCUGCCACCAGGAUCCACUCAACUGAACAUUUUCGCAGCCAGUGACAAGUGUAAAAAGCGGACCACUGAGUGCAUCGCCAUUCCAGGACUGGGAUUUCGUCGCGGAAGCUACCGAUGUAUCUGCAAACGAGGCUUCUACUAUCCGGACACCAAAUCCACCAGUCGUUACUACAAUGGCACCGUGAUCGAGGAAGAGUACGAGAACUUGAUGAUGGGAGAGGAGAGCCAGUAUGACGUGAACGGAGUGUUCGAGUGUCUUCCCUGUGCGGAGGGUUGCGAAUCCUGUGAGGAUGAUUCGCCUUGCGUGGUGUCCUUGAACUGGCUGAUGAGGACCGCCAUCCUCAUUCUGGAAUGCUGUGUCAUCGCCUGUCUCCCAGCAGUCGUCCUUUUCACUUGGAAGUAUGGCAACGUGAAGGUGGUAAGAGCUGCGAGCCCAGUUCUUUUGCGAUUCAUCGUGCUCGGUGCAUUCUUCAUAUAUUGCACGACUAUAGUAAUGUACCCCCGCCCGAACAUCAUAACCUGCACCGUGCGAGUUUGGCUGCGGGAGAUUGGAUUUUCUCUCACCUAUGGCGCUCUUAUGCUGAAGACUUGGCGAAUAUCGGUGAUAUUCCGAGUGAAGUCGGCAAAAGCGGUGAAGAUCACAGACGGUAGUCUGCUAAAGCGACUGGGCAUCAUCGUGAUGAUAUUCAGCGUGUUCCUGAGCAUCCGGACGCUGGUUGCACCCCCAUUGGUGAUAGUGGCACGAACGGCGGACGAUCUGAAGGCUUAUCUCUGCCAGACCGACUGGUGGGAUCACAGUUUCACUACACUUGAGGUUAUGUUCCUCAUGUGGGGCAUCAGGCUGUGCAUCGUGGUGAGAAAGACACCGUCGGAAUUUAACGAGAGUCGAUUCAUCUCGAUGGCGAUUUACAACGAAUUUCUACUUUCAGUCUUCCUCAACGUCUCUAUGUUGUUCUUGCAGUCGCCAGCCAAUCCGGAUUUACUGUACGUGAUAUUUUUUUGUCACACCCAGCUCACGGUCACGUUGCUGUUGUGCCUCAUAUUCGGCAGCAAGGCCUACGUAGUGUUCCGUAGCGGAGGCAAGGAGGACUCGAAACAGUCCGGAGCCACUGGGAAAUUUCUAGGCAAAAGCAGCCGCCCGCCGGGCACCAGUAACCAGACGAACUCAAUAUCUCUUCAGCAAGGAAACUUCACAGACGAAAGCGACGGGGCUACGGAGGAAUUCCGUCGACUCAUCAACCAGCUGGAAGUUCUGAAGGAGAAAAAUGUUUUGCUCGGUAAUCAUCACCUGGUGAACAAGCUCGUGGCAAUGCAGGAAGUCGCGAGUCGCGUGGAAACACAGGUAUCAACGAUUCAGGCUAUCUCCUCCAGCAUGAGACUGAACGAUCUUAACGGAUCUAUGACAAUCGCUGAAACGGAUGUUGGGGGGUCAUACAAAAGCGAAGCUGGCCCAAAAGGUGGAGAGAUUAAGGAGGAGAAGAGGUGUCAAGCUUGCCUGGAGAAGAAUGGGAUCAGAAGCAAGGAUCAGGGCUCCUCGAAGGAGGCCGAGGUGUUCGUUUCCAUAGAAACGAAGAAGUCAACGAGGACCAGCGACGUGGCAGUCUCCACUUCCGGCAAGCCGGCUACCGAGGACGUCGCAACGGAAACGAAGCACGAUGACAGAGAAAGUGAGGUUAGGGAGCGAGACAAGAGCAAGAGCAAAUCUGGCCACGCGAGGACGCACGCUAUAGUCAUCAAUCUGGACGAUAAAAACACGUUCUCUGAGGAAGUCACGGUUUAA